UAAUUUCCUUGAUUUAUCAAGCUGUCAAUCAAAGCCAAUGGAAACCAAUCAAAAGGUAGGAGGGGAGGGACUAGUGGGGGCGCAGAAGGAAGCGGGGCUGAGGGCGCUGGUGCAGAGGACGGGGUACCGCCUCCAGCAGGAGAACGGCCAGCGCCGCUAUGGCGGCCCCCCGCCCGGCUGGGACGGGCCCCCCCCGGAAAGAGGGAGCGAAAUCUUUGUGGGUAAACUCCCACGAGAUCUCUUCGAGGACGAGCUCGUGCCGCUCUGCGAGAAGUUCGGUCAGAUCUUCGAGGUGAGGAUGAUGAUGGACUUCAACGGCAACAACCGCGGCUACGCCUUCGUCACCUUCGCCAGCAAACGAGAAGCGCGAGCGGCCAUGAAGCAGCUCAACAACUACGAGAUCAGGAGCGGGCGCCUGUUGGGCGUGUGCGCCAGCGUGGACAACUGCCGACUGUUCGUGGGCGGCAUCCCGAAGAGCAAAAAGCGCGACGAGAUCCUGGCCGAGAUGCGCAAGGUGACGGACGGCGCGGUCGACGUCAUCGUCUACCCCAGCGCGGCCGACAAAAGCAAAAACCGGGGAUUCGCCUUCGUCGAGUACGACAGCCACCGGGCGGCGGCCAUGGCGCGCCGGAAGCUGUUGCCAGGCCGCAUCCAGCUGUGGGGUCACGGCAUCGCGGUCGACUGGGCGGAGCCUGAGGUGGAGGUGGACGAGGACACCAUGGCGACCGUCAAGAUUCUCUACGUCAGGAACCUCAUGCUGCACACCAGCGAGGAGAACAUCCACAAGGAGUUCGACGGCAUCAAAACAGGUGCGGUGGAGAGAGUGAAGAAGAUCCGAGACUACGCCUUCGUCCACUUCACGCACCGCGACGACGCCAUCGACGCCAUGAAGGCCCUCGACGGGAAGGUGUUGGACGGGUCGCCCAUCGAGGUGACGCUGGCGAAGCCGGUGGACAAGGACAGCUACGUGCGCUACACGCGAGGGACGGGAGGACGAGGAAGCUCGCUGCUGCUGCACGACGACUACGCAGGCCUGACCCUGGGACAGGUGUACGACCCCACGCUGGCCUACCUCGGGGCGCCGGUGUUCUACGCCCCGCACGCGUACGCCGCCGCCCCGCCCCACUUCCGCUUCCCACCCGCCAAAGGUCUCGUCGCAAGUCGCGGCCUGUUCAGGACGCCUUCUGUUCGAGAAGUUUACAUGAGUGUGCCUGUAGGGGCGGCGGGGGUACGCGGGCUGGGCGGGCGGGGCUACCUCACCUACGCGGCGGCGGGGGGCGGCGCGAGCGCGUGCCGCCAGGCCGGCGCCCCCAAGAGGGGCGACGACAAGCUGUACGACCUCCUGCCCGGCACGGAGCUGACGCCCGUGACGCCGGUCGGCGGCGGCCUGAAGUCCGCCGGGCCCAAGCCGGCGCCGCAGGUUCUUGAGGAGUUGUGCGAGAAAAACAGCUGGGGGGCGCCAGUGUACCAGCUGCACUCGGCCAUCGGACCCGACCAGCGCCAGCUGUUCCUCUACAUGGUCACCAUCCCCGCACUCGCCACGCACAACCCCAACGGGCUCCCGUUCACGCCGACCAAGCUGAGCGCCGCCGUGGACGAAGCCAGGGCGCACGCGGCCGAGCACACGCUGCGCACGCUGGGGCUGCCCUCCGAGGGCGCCGGGCCCGCCCCGGACGCCACCCUGGCCGCGGUGGCCUUCCCAGGUUACGCUUUGGCUUGCCCGGCGCAGGGGGGCGUGGCCUCUCAGCUGAAGCAGGCUGUCUCUUUGGGCCAGGACGUGGUCGCCGCGUACGGCGCCUACGAGGCCUACCCCGCCUUCGCUAUUGCGGCGCGACACAGCGACGCAUACGGCGUGUUUUGA